AUGCCUCAAACCCGAUCCCAGUCACAGGCUACAAUCAGUUUUCCAAAAAAGAAGCUGUCUCGGACAUUGGACAAAGCUAAAACUUCUGGUGACACCAAACUAGAACUGACCAAUGUCCAGGCCUCACGCCAUUCUUGUGUAAAAAUUCUGCCUCUCAGCCCCAGAAAACGUCUUGGUGAUGAUAAUCUGUGCAACACUCCCCAUUUGCCACCCUGUUCUCCACCAAAACAAGGCAAGAAAGAGAAUGGCCCCCCUCGCUUCCAUACACCUAAGGGGCGCAGAUUGGUGUUUGACAAUCAGCUGACAAUUAAGUCUCCUAGCAAAAGAGAACAAGCCAGAGUUCACCAAAACAAAAUACAUUCCUCAGUUCGAAAAGGUCAAGAGAUUACAACAAAUUCUGAGCAGAGAUGUCCACUGGAGAAAGAAUCUGCAUGUAUGAGACUGUUCAAGCAAGAAGGCACUUGCUACCAGCAAGCAAAGCUGGUCCUGAAUACAGCUGUCCCAGAUCGGCUGCCUGCCAGGGAAAAGGAGAUGAAUGUCAUCAGGAAUUUCCUGAGGGAGCACAUCUGUGGGAAAAAAGCUGGAAGUCUUUAUCUUUCUGGUCCUCCUGGAACUGGAAAAACUGCCUGUUUAAGCCGAAUUCUGCAAGACCUCAAGAAGGAACUGAAAGGCUUUAAAACUAUCAUGCUGAAUUGCAUGUCCUUGAGGACUGCCCAGGCUGUAUUCCCAGCUAUUGCUCAGGAGAUUUGUCAGGAAGAAGUAUGCAGGCCAGCUGGGAAGGACAUGAUGAAGAAACUGGAAAACCAUAUGACUGCAGAGAAGGGCCCCAUGAUUGUGUUGGUGUUGGACGAGGUGGAUCAGCUGGACAGCAAAGGGCAGGAUGUGUUGUACACGCUGUUCGAAUGGCCAUGGUUAAGCAAUUCUCGAUUGGUGCUGAUUGGUAUUGCUAAUACCCUGGAUCUCACGGACAGAAUUCUGCCGAGGCUUCAAGCUAGAGAAAAAUGUAAGCCACAGCUGUUGAACUUCCCACCUUAUACCAAAAAUCAGAUAGCUGCUAUCUUGCAGGAUCGGCUUGAUCUGGUAUCUAGAGAUCAGGUUCUGGACAAUGCUGCAAUUCAAUUCUGUGCCCGAAAAGUCUCUGCUGUUUCAGGAGAUGUUCGAAAAGCACUAGAUGUUUGCAGGAGAGCUAUUGAAAUUGUAGAGUCGGAUGUCAAAAGCCAGACUAUCCUCAAACCGCUGUCUGAAUGUAAAUCGCCCUCUGAGUCACUGGUUCCCAAGAGGGUUAGUCUUAUUCACAUAUCCCAAGUCAUCUCAGAAGUUGAUGGUAACAGAAUGACUUUGAGCCAAGAAGGGGCACAAGAUUCCUUCCCCCUUCAGCAGAAGAUAUUGGUCUGCUCUUUGCUGCUCUUGACCAGGCAGCUGAAAAUCAAAGAGGUCACUCUGGGGAAGUUACAUGAAGCCUAUAGUAACAUCUGUCGCAAACAGCAGGUGGCAGCUGUGGACCAGUCAGAGUGUUUGUCACUUUCAGGGCUCUUGGAGGCCAGGGGCAUUUUAGGAUUAAAGAAAAACAAGGAAACCCGCUUCACAAAGGUGUCUUUGAAGAUUGAAGAGAAGGAAGUAGAGCAUGCUCUAAAAGACAAAGCUUUAAUCGGAAAUAUCUUAGCUACUGGAUUGCCUUAA